AGCCAAUGGUGGUGUGCAGAAAGAGUGACGUAUGCUUCUGGUCUUCCAGUAGCGGACAGCGGAAGGUGUGUUGAGCGCAUGCGUUCUGUGGCAGCCUAGAAAAAGGGGCUGCUGGCGGGCCGAGCUGAAGAUAUGGAGCCGGGCUACGGAGGCUAUGGGGCAUGGAGUGCUGGACCCACCAACACCCAAGGUGCCUACGGAACUGGUGUGGCCAGCUGGCAAGGUUAUGAAAACUACAAUUAUUAUGGUGCCCAGAACACCAGCGUCACCACAGGAGCGACCUACAGCUAUGGCCCAGCCUCGUGGGAGGCCACCAAGGCCAGCGAUGGCCUGGGAGCUGGGGGCCCUGCUGUGCACAUGGCUUCUUAUGGCCCAGAGCCGUGCACCAGCAAUUCCGACUCCCUCAUUGCCAAGAUCAACCAGCGUUUGGACAUGAUGUCCAAGGAAGGAGGCAGGGGCGGGAGCAGCGGCGGUGGGGAGGGCAUGCAGGACCGGGAGAGCUCCUUCCGCUUCCAGUCGUUCGAGUCCUAUGACUCCAGGUCUUGCCUCCCCGAGCACCAUUCCUAUCGCCCCAGCUAUAGCUACGAUUAUGACUUUGAUCUGGGGCCUGACCGAAAUGGUGGCUUUAACAGUCAGUAUAGCGACUGCCGGGACCCAGCCCGUGAGCGGGGCUCCCUUGAUGGCUUCAUGCGGGGCCGGGGCCAGGGCCAGGGCCGCUUCCAGGACCGGAGCACUCCCAGCACCUUCAUGCGCAGCGACCCUUACGUGCCACCUGCAGCCUCCUCCGAGCCCCUGUCUGCUCCCUGGACUGAGCUGAACUAUGUGGGUGGGCGGGGCCUGGGAGGCCCCUCCCCCAGCCGGCCACCUCCUUCCCUGUUCUCCCAGUCCAUGGCCCCUGACUUCGGUGUGAUGGGCAUGCAGGGGGCUGGCGGUUAUGACAACUCGGUGCCCUAUGGAUGUGGCCGGUCACAGACCCGGAUAAGGGAUCGGCCCAGGCGGAGAGGGUUUGACCGCUGUGGCCCGGAUGGCAUGGGCAGGAAACGGAAGCAGUUGCAGAUCUACGAUGAGCCGGAUGCCAAACUGGCCAGGGCUGACAGCGAAGGAGAUUUUUCUGAAAACGAUGAUGGAGCUGCUGACUUCCGGUCAGGAGAUGAAGAGUUCAGGGGUGAGGAUGAGUUCUUCGACCCCGGGAGGCAGAGAGGGGAGAAGGACGAUGAGGAUGAUGAAGUAAAGAAGAGAAGAGAAAAGCAAAGGAGGAGAGACCGGAUGCGAGACCGAGCAGCUGACAGGAUUCAGUUCGCCUGUUCUGUGUGCAAGUUUCGUAGCUUUGAAGAUGAAGAAAUCCAGAAGCAUCUACAAAGCAAAUUUCACAAAGAGACACUGAGGUUUAUCAGUACCAAACUCCCUGACAAGACGGUGGAGUUCCUCCAGGAGUACAUCGUAAACAGGAACAAGAAAAUUGAGAAGCGGCGUCAGGAGUUGAUGGAGAAGGAAAGCACGAAACCCAAGCCAGAUCCUUUCAAAGGGAUUGGCCAGGAGCACUUUUUCAAGAAGAUAGAGGCCGCUCACUGCCUGGCUUGUGACAUGCUGAUCCCCGCACAGCAUCAGCUCCUCCAGCGGCACCUGCACUCGGUGGACCACAAUCACAACCGCAGGUUGGCUGCUGAACAGUUCAAGAAGACCAGUCUCCAUGUGGCUAAGAGUGUUUUGAACAACAGACACAUAGUGAAGAUGCUGGAAAAAUACCUCAAGGGUGAAGACCCUUUCACCAGUGAGGCUGUCGAUCCAGAAAUCGAAGGGGAUGACAAUUUAGGAGGCGAGGAGAAGGAGGAGACACCCGAGGAGGUGGCCGCGGAGGUGUUGGCUGAGGUCAUUACGGCAGCAGUGAGAGCGGUAGAUGGGGAAGGAGCGCCGGCUCCAGAAGGCAGUGACACGCUGGCCGAAGGGGAAGGCCCUGUGGACGCGGCCCAGGCCCCUCGCGGUCCCCACUCUGAACAGCCGCUGGAAGUGGAGACACCGGGUGGCAGGGCCUCUGAGAAGGGCAGCACUGAAGCGGAGGCCGGAGGGGAAGCCGCGGAGGCCGGACGGGAAGUGCAAGCGGCCGCAGCAGAGGCAGAAGGCACUGUGAGGGUCGCGGCCCCGGCUCCGGCCGUCACCGAAGCCAAAGCAGAACAGACUGAUGCAGAACCCAAAGAUGUCCUUCCCACAGAAUGACCCUCCUCCCUGUUGCAAGGGAUGGGUUUCAUAACGCAUUGCUCUUUUUCUCCUUUUGUUUGUAAGCAGAACUAGGGUGUGUGUUACUGGAACAUGCUGGAAACUUCAGUGAAGAGACCCAGCCAUUUGCUUCAACAAAGUGUACCUCGUGGGCUUGUCUUCUAGAGUUGUAUGGCUUUUUCUGCCUUGGUUCGCAGGCUGCAGAAGUUGUACAUUGCCCCAAGUGGCUGUGAAGUCUCUACACUGCAGAUGAAAUAAUAAAAGUUGGCUAAUUAGAUUUUGAUGAUACUUCACUUGUUAAAUACAGCAGGUGGCUGAAUGCCCUUUUUAUUUUUAUUUUUUUUCUGAGAGCAGCUUAAUAUUGGGAUAUACCUUGCUUUAUACAGGAUUUUUUUUUUUUUUUUUUAAGUUUUAAGAAUUGGCUUUGGCUUCGGUUUUUGACCUGCUUUGGUAGCACACUGCGUAUGGUGUGUGAUCCUCACAAGAUGUAGCAGAAUCUUGUGAACGCGACGUUGGUUCUGUCGCAUCUGUGGACUGUGCUCCAAGGCCUCGUGAAUCUGAUAGGCCUGCACCCUUGGACGCCCUCCCACUGGCCCCUCAAGAAUGAGGACGUUUUGCCUAGGGCAUUAUUUUCCCAAUCUUUAGUCUUUGGUGAAUCACCUUUAUAGUUUGUUUGGAGUUUUUUUGUGUUGGUCUUUUUUUUUUUUUUUUUAACCUCAUUUGUGUUCCACCUCUGUUACUUGAGGGUUUUUUGUUUUUGUUUUUCCUUUAAAUUGAGUUACUACUCCUUAAAUAUAUUAAAAAAAAACAACUUGGUGUCACUCCCAUAAAUGGAAGAUCUAUAAAUUGCUAUAGAUAGAUGCUAUCUGUAAGAAAUGAAUAUAGUGAAAUAAACACAUUUCAGAUGAAUACUA